UGAGGACGUUACCAACGCAGUAUCGACUCUGAAGGAAAUCUACGAAAUGAAUUUGGAAAAUUUCGAAGUGGAAAUGGAACUCCUUCAGAGCGAAAACUCUCGUCUGCGAGCAACGUUGCUCGAGAAGGAAAAUUUGUUUGACGAAAUGACUGAAAACAUCGGCAGUGUGAGGCGAAGAGUCAUCGAGGAUUUCCAAGGAAGAAUGGACAGACUGAAUAAUGGAAAUAGUCAGUUGAGAAGGGAACUACUGGAGCGAUCUCGAGAGGCCGAGGAAUUUGAACGUACAAUUGGCCGUCUUGAAGAGGAGGUCCAGGCUUUGACAGAACGCAACAGGAAACUGGAAACCGAAAAUAUGGACAAGGACAAAGUUAUGGAAAACGUCAAAGAAAGUAACAUGCAGUGUGAAGCGACGAAGAACGGUUUGCAGGAAGAGAUCAGGAAUCUCAGUCGACAGAACACUGAAAUGAAGAUAAAUAUGGCCGAUCUGAAGAAAGAAAAGACUGAGCUGGAAGAAAAGAUGGCUGAUUUGGGAAAGGAAUUUGAAAAGGAAGUUGCUGGCCUCGAGCAGAGGCUGAGUAACUAUCAAGAUAUAAUUACAGAAAAGGACGGAGAGAUCGAAAGGCUUAACAAAGAGGCGACAGAAAAGGGAGGAAAAUUAGAAGAGAUGGAAAAAGAAAUCCAUAAUUUAGUUGAGGAGAAAAAUGAGCUUAGCAUGGAAAUGGAGGACAAUAUUCAUCGCCUUAUGCUUGAGCUCAGUAAUCUUCAAACGAAAAAGGACAGCCAGAUAGAAAUGUGUAAGCAAGAAGUGAUAGAAAAGGAAGAGAAAAUAGAAGAUCUGGAGAAUAUUGUGCAGAAUUUACUCGAGGAAAAAAAGAAAAUUAAAAAUGAAAUGGACUACAAAAUAAAUGACCUUUGUCAAGAGCUCAGUAAACAGAAAGAUCUCAAUAAGGAGGACAUUGAAAAGUUUGAAAAAGAAAUAUUCGAAUUUGGACAAACGAUUCAAGGUCUGGAAAGUGAGGUAAUCUCACUGAUGAAAGAAAAGGAAACCCAGAAGAUUGAAAUGGAAAAUGAAAUGAACGACCUCAUAUCUCUGAAUAUGGAAAAGGAGCUGCAGCUGGAACAAUUUAAAAAAGAGGUCACUGAUUGUUUACAUACAAUUGAAGGUCUGGAAAAUGAGGUCGUCUCCUUGAUGAGAGAAAAGGAAACCCUGAAGACUGAAAUGGAGAAGGAAAUAUCCGACCUCAUAUCUGUGAACAUGGAAAAGAAUGAGCAUCUGGAACUACUUAAAAAAGAAGUCGUUUAUUGUGGACAAACGAUUGAAGGACUGGAAAAUGAGGUCGUCGAUUUGAUAGGAGAAAAGAAGAGCCUGAAGACCGAAAUGGAAAAGGAAAUAAUGGACCUGAAAGGAGAGGUGACUAACCUGAUGGAUAUGAACUUGGAAAAGGACGAGGAGAUAAAAAAGUUGAAAAAGGAAGUUAUUGAAAUUGGAAAGCAAAUUGAAGGUCUGGAAAAAGAGGUCAUAGAGUUAAUGAAGGAUAAUGAGAGGAGGAAAGCUAAGAUGGAAAAAGAAAUAACAGACCUGAAAGAAGAGUUAAUUUACCUACAGGAUGUGAAUUUGGAAAAGGACGAGGAGAUUGAAAAGUGUAAAAAGGAAGCAAUUGAAAUUGGAAAGAGAAUGGAAGGUCUGGAAGAUGAGGUCAUCGAGUUGAUGGAGGAGAAUGAGAGAAGGAAAAUUAAGAUGGAAAAUGAAAUAACAGACCUCAAAGAAGAGUUGAUAAAAAUGCAGGAUAUGAAUUUGGAAAAGGAUGAGGAGAUUAAAAAGUGCAAAAAGGAAGCAAUUGAAGUUGGAGAGACAAUUGAAGGUCUGAAAAAUGAGGUGAUUGAAUUGAUGGAUGAGAAUCAGAGGAGAAAAACUAAGAUGGAAAAUGAAAUAAACGACCUGAAAGAAGAGUCGAUGAAUCUACAGUCACUGAACAUGGUGAAGGACAAGGAGAUUGAAAAGUGCAAAAAGGAAGUGAUUGAAAUUGUAAAGAAAAUUGGGUGUCUGGAAAAUGAGGUAAUCGAGUUGAUGGAGGGUAAUCAGCGGAUGGAAAAAGAAAUGACAGACCUUAAAGAAGAGUUGAUUUACCUGCAGGAUUUGAAUGUGGAAAAGAAGGAGGAGAUUGAAAAGUUGAAAAAGGAAGAAAUAGUAUUUGUAGCUACAAUUGAAGGUCAGAAAAAUGAGAUCAUUGAGUCGAUGGAGGAGAAUGAGAAGAGGAAAAAAGAUAUGAAAGAGGUAAUGAAGAACCUAAAAGAGUUAAUCAAAGAGCAUGAUAUGAAUAUGGAAAAUGAUAUAAAAUGAGACAUGGGCUUGUAAUGUGCAGCAAAAUUAGAGGAAGACGAAGUAAGGUAGGUGAGAAAGAAUCGAGAGAAGAGGCAGCUGAACUUAGCUGACCUUGAUUGGCCCUUUCCAAGAAAGGCGCACAAACUGGCUGGAGGACGGACGGCGGCCGGGGGACCGCCGGACGCUCACUGGCCCACACCGAACCAGGUGCCAGAGGCCAAACUGUCUGGAGGAAAGCAGGUGCCCGACCCAAACUGGCUGGAGGACGGACGGCGGCCGGGGGACCGCCGGACGCUCACUGGCCCACACCGAAAGCGGGCGCCCGAGCCCAAACUGGCUGGAGGACGGACGGCGGCCGGGGGACCGCCGGACGCUCACUGG